UCAUUUGUACGGAUUUUAUUGAGUAACGUUAGUUGGGUGUGUGCGACACUUCUGGGCGCCUUUGCAUCAUACAGUAGUCCAAAGCUGAUGUGAGAUUGCCAGGGGUUGUACGAUGCGACACUAAUAUCUGUACCAGUCUGACUACCGUCGUGAAUAAGUCCAAAUACCUAAUGGAAUAGGAUUAGGUCAUUUUGACCCUGCUGUGUGCUAAUCAACAUAGCUGGCUAGCAUUCUUGCUAGCUAAUGCUAUAUAUAGGCCAAGUGCCUAAGUUUGAACAACUGUAAUAAAGGUUAAAACCAGAAAAUAUAAACAAUAUAUCUCACACGGUGAAAGUUGAUUGCAUUAGAAAAAAUUGUUCAAUAACAUCCAAAUAUCGGUAUUAAGAUGGUACCUCAUUCGGAAUAACACAUUGAAAGGUUUCGAGCUGAAGGAAUAAUUUAAUCGCCGACAACAAUUUGCAAACCAUGAAAAUAAUGUCAAUACUGCCUGUGACGGUACGUCUACUCGGUAGAGAAAGAACCUUGUUUCAUAACCAAUUCAACUGUAUUUUCGCGAAGAUGUCUUCUUCCUCUGGUAAGCGACUUCGGGUUCUGGUGGACAUGGACGGGGUUAUUGCAGAUUUUGAAGGAGGAUUCCUGAAGAAAUUUCGGGCUAGGUAUCCUAACGAACCUUACAUUACCCUGGAGGACAGACGAGGAUUCUGGGUGUCGUCUCAAUAUGGGAGCUUGAGGAGUGAUCUGUGUGAGAAGGCCAUCAGCAUUUGGGAGUCAAAGGACUUCUUUAUAGAGCUGGAACCCAUUCCUGGAGGUGUGCAGGCCGUCAAGGAGAUGGCUAAAAUGGAGAACACAGAUGUCUUUAUUUGCACCAGCCCUAUAAAACAUUAUAUACACUGCCCAUACGAAAAGUAUGCUUGGAUUGACAAGCACCUGGGCUUUGACUUCUUGGAACAGAUCAUCCUGACCAGAGACAAGACUGUAGUCACUGGGGACAUCCUCAUAGACGACAAGCCAGAGCUCAUUGGUGUUGAGCCUAACCCAUCCUGGGAGCACGUCCUGUUCACUGCCUGCCACAACAAACAUAUACCCCCCAGCUUCAGUCGGCGUCGUCUGCUAUCCUGGGCAGACGACUGGAGGGGCCUACUGGAGAGCAAAAGGCACUGAACCCUCCUUAUGCGUACACCGCCUGUUUCUCUACCCUGGCCACCUAUACUGUAUUGAGGUUCUAAAGCUAGGGUGAAUACCUCCUCAUAUUCCACACUGAAUCUCCAUGUUGAAGUUUAGGGUACUACUUUCGUUUGCCAAUGUUGAGAAUAUUUAUCUGGUUUGACCACUAGGGGACACUCGUAGCGCAUGGGAUAUCUAUACUGAAAAGAAUUGCUGUGAAAGACAACAACAAUGUUGAGUGAGCAGAGAGUAAAUGCAGAGUUUACUGAUUUGACUCACUCUUCACUAUCUGUUAUAACGUUAUCAAAUAUGUAGAUUUUAUUUUUAGAACUUCUGUUUGGAAGAAGAGAGUAUAAUUUUAAAGGGAGACAGUUAUUUAUAGCCAUUUUAAAAGAGGUCUCCUGAGUUUGUUUGAUGUAGUGUGCAUUUAAACUAUCAGUUCAUCACCUGUCAUAACCAACUGACCACAACUGAAACCUAUAGAGGCAUUUUUGUUUAAAAGGAAGUGUUACAUGCAACUGAUGUGUGCUCACAUCAAAAAGAUAUGUAGCUUCACAGUGAUGUCAGGAUCUUGACAAACUUAGCAGUGUGUGGGACUGAUGACCAUGAACGUACACAAGACUGAUGGCUUGAAGUAUUUUAUCAUUCUGGCUUUAUCUGUUUGACAUUUGACCAUGCCUUGGCUUCAUAGCUAGCUAUGUAAUGCAUCCUCUGAGGAUAUCAACAAUGUUGUAGAGAAUAAGCAUCUGUGUACAUGCAUCUGAAGUACGAAAAGAGUCUAUACGCACACUUUGGCAUUGUGUAAAUAGUCACCACUGUCACUCAUAUAGAGUACAUACCACACACAAACAUUUUGUUUGUAGUUUGAGAAGGACAUUGGUCUGAUGGCCAUACAGUUUUGAUGUUAGUUAUGUAUCAUAUUUUCAAUGUUGUGUUCCAAUAUUGUGCCAACAUCUAGAUCAAAUUAUAACCUAUUAUCAAACUAUUAUUUUUCAUCUUAGUUUAUUUAGGUAGAUUUUUGAUAGUGCCCUCUAGAAUUAUUGGCACUCUUGGUAAAUAAAGUGACUGAAAAAUAUCUGAGAUACAGGCUACACUCCCUCAGUCAGCCAUUAACAUGGGAAAAGGCCAGAAACGCACAAAUAUGAGACAAAAGGUUGUUGACCUUCACAAAUCAGCCAGUGGCCAUCUUGGCAAAGGGAGGGUGUACAAAGUACUAAAUGCAAAGGUGCCAAUGAUUGUAGCAUAGCUGUUUUUGAAUAAUAAUCUCUUGAUGACCGAUUCGUUUUUUUGAAUGUCUUCCUCUCAAUUAAAGGUUAGAUAAAAAAAUAAAAUAAAAAUGAGUAUAAGAUCAGGCUAAUGAACAACAGUGAACAUUUUUGAAACAUAUGAACUUAAGUGUUUAAUAUUUUAUUAAUCAGUACCCGACGCUGUGUAUAGAUAGUCAUGUAAAAAAGUAAGUACCCCCUCAGAAAGGUUUCUUCCUUUUUAAUUCUAAAUUAUUUAAGCAAUUAUAAUAAACAGAAAUGAUAUUUCCACAUGUGGAUAAAAGUUAGUACACCCCUAUCUUUACCAUAACAUAAUUUGAGUGCAAUUUAUUAUGAAAUCAUUAGAGAUUAAGUUGGAGUCCAGCCUUCCUUAAAGAAUAGACACUAUCAAAACACCAAAUGCUCAUGAGCCAUUUCCAAGCAGUGUGAAGUACAUAAUUUUCACUGUCCGUGACCACUAGCUAUCUACAUAUGACCGAUAUUCCCACCAUAUUCAGACUAAGAGUUGAUAGAAAGUUAUUUAUAGAAGUCUCCAAGAACACCUUGGUCACAUCAGGGGAUCUUCAGGUCUCCUUUGCCACAAUCAGUGUUUAAGUGUAUGUGUCAAAUGUCAGAAAGACACGGCACAAUCAGUGUUAAAGUCUAUGUGUCAACUGUCAGAAAGACACUGCACAAUCAGUUUAUUUUUGAUUAAUAAAUUAUUUCAAGUAGUGUAAAACCUUUCAGUGGAAUUUAUUAUGUUAUGUUUAUUUCUUAGUGGUGUUGCAGUGAAGGUUACAUAUGCGUAUGUCCAAAUAUGUUAUAAGAAAGACAACUUUCCAGGGGGUAUACUUUUUUCGCUUGACUUUCUACUUACCAAUUCCGAGACAGGUAUUUAAAAUGUCUAGGUUUCACGUCACGAAAUACUAAUUUGCAAUAUAUGUUAUUUAUAUAAAACUAAUUAGAAUGUAACAUCUGUGUCAAAUCUCAUAUCACAAAGCAGUGCUAGCUAUUAACAUCGUUUGUAACACUAUUUGGAAAAUCCUAAGGAGACAGUUUGUAGAUGUACUGUACUUCUGUAGCACUUUGCUUGCCCAGUUUUGUUGAUAGUCAUACUAUCUGUUGAUCAUAUUCAUAGGAUCUAAAUAAAGUUUACAUUUUGUUCAUUUAACAGAUACUCUUAUCCAGAGAAAAUUACACUUACGGGUUGACUGCAAAAUAUUUUUAAAAAAUCAUUUAAUAUUCCACCUUAAACUGAAAGCAUCCUACCUCGGUUUUGAACAAACUAUGACAAAGUGCUUUUAUCAAAAUGUACUAAGAUUUCCAUGUAGGUGUUUACGUUAGUGUCUUAGUAGGACUUGCAUUAUAUUCACAAAGUGGUUAAGUGAAGAACCUAUGAUAAUGAAGAUGCCUUCAUUAACAAAGAACAACACUGAUGGCCUGAGCAGACCACAACUCAAGGGGUAGCCAUUUGCUUCUUUGCAAUUAUGUCAUCUAAUGCUGCUACUACAAUUUUGUAUGGAGUUAGCACUUUUUUUAUAAUUUAAGGAGCCCUUUGUAAGACUUUCACCAUGCAAACAAAUGUUUUAAAUAAAAAUUAUUAGAAAGAGAUGUUAUUUGAGUUCUUCUCAAAUAGUUUGUUAUUGUCAACCUAUUCUCGGUCAAUAAAUGUGGCAUCUUCCCGAUGA